AUGGAGGAGUCAACGAAGACUCCGCUAGAGAAAACGAAAAACGAGGACAACGGAGACUCCUCUAGAGAAAACGAGUACAACGGAGACUCCGUCAGACAAAACGAGUACAACGGAGACUCCGCUAGAGAAAACGAGGAAAACGGAGACUCCGCUAGAGAAAACGAGUACAACGAAGACUCCGCCACACAAAACGAGUACAACGAAGACUCCGCCAGAGAAAACGAGGACAACGAAGACUCCGCCACACAAAACGAGUACAACGAAAACUCCGCCAGAGAAAACGAGGACAACGAAGACUCCGCCACACAAAACGAGUACAACGAAAACUCCGCCAGAGAAAACGAGGACAACGAAGACUCCGCCACACAAAACGAGUACAACGAAGACUCCGCCAGAGAAAACGAGGACAACGAAGACUCCGCCACACAAAACGAGUACAACGAAAACUCCGCCAGAGAAAACGAGGACAACGAAGACUCCGCCAGAGAAAACGAGUACAACGAAGACUCCGCCACAGAAAACGAGUACAAAGGAGACUCCGUCAGAGAAAACGAGGACAACGAAGACUCCGUCAUAGAAAACGAAGAAAACGAGGAAAACGGAGACUCCGCUAGAGAAAACGAGUACAACGAAGACUCCGCCAGAGAAAACGAGUACAACGAAGACUCCGCCAGAGAAAACGAGUACAACGAAGACUCCGCCAGAGAAAACGAGUACAACGAAGACUCCGUCAGAGAAAACGAGUACAACGAAGUCUCCGUCAUAGAAAACGAGGACAACGGACACUCCGCCACACAAAACGAGUACAACGAAGACUCCGCCAGAGAAAACGAGGACAACGAAGACUCCGUCAGAGAAAACGAGUACAACGAAGUCUCCGUCAUAGAAAACGAGGACAACGGACACUCCGCUGGAGAAAACGAGUACAACGGAGACUCCUCUAGAGAAAACGAGGACAUCGAAGACUCCGUCAGAGAAAACGAGGACAACGGAGACUCCUCUAGAGAAAACGAGUACAACGGAGACUCCGCCACAGAAAACGAGUACAAUGGAGACUCCGUCUGA